GUGCUAUUGAAUGACGCCAGUUAAAUGGCCGAGGGUGUACAGUUGUAUUUGUCAAGUAUAUAGUCAAAAUGUUGCUCAAUCCAAGUUUGGUUUGUGUAUGAGUGUGUGUAUGUGCGCGCGUUUAUGUUCUCUAUAAGCAUUGAUUUAACUGUAGCUAAUGUAACUGAGCCAAACAGAACGCUAUCCAUUUGCUCAAAUACGUACUUUGUUCAUUUUAUGCUUUACUUACUUGUGUUUCGACAAGGUUUCAUUAAAACCAUACCCACAUACUAACCAAUAUUCAAUUCAAUACCAAGAGUGUGAAUAAAAAAAAAAACAGGGAACGAGAACGACGAACAAACGAAACAAAAAUGGAUGAACAUGAUAUUAGUACGCGCAUACAAUGACGCAUAUACGAAUUUCGGUCGACAAGCGAGAAAAGAACCAAAUUACAUUUGGCCAAAUAACCCCCAAUUGAACUGAAGGGAAAAAAAAUAAUUGCAUUUAAUUUAUUUAAGCGAAAACUAAUCAUGUGCAUUGUUUUAUUUCAAUUUUUUUUUCGGAGUAUCAAAAGUGCGGAAAAUGUGAUCUGAAACGUGAAUUUAGUUUUCAGUUUUUUGAGAAACAACGUCGAAACCAUUGUCAAAAUAAUAAAGCUAAAAAGAAGAGGAAGAAGAAAUUCAGAAGAAAAAGAAGGAGUAGUAGUAGACAGAAGGAAAAAAAACGUCGAAUAUAUUCAGUUCGUUGAAAUACGGUGUGAUUUUUUAUAGACUGUGGGGCACUUAUACACCGAUACCAGCCUCAACACUCAAUACAAAUAGAUCACUGCUGCUCGUACACAGGCGAAUUUAUAUAUAAACACUUUUUGUUUUUGUAUAAGCGCGUAUUUCACGACCAAUCGAAUUUAUGUACGGCCAGUUUAUGCAUUAUGGCGGCAAUUCUAUUCAGUAAAUUUCGAUAAGGUUGCCAUUAUACACAAAAAAAAACUUUCCGUUUGGAUUUUGUCGUCAAAAUAUCGGAAUUCGCUGCAAUCAUUGCACAUCAUCUCCGAUCCUAAUUAAUUAAAUUCAAAUAAUUGACUGUAGUUGACAAAACAAACCAAACUGGUUGUAAAUCGAAACUAAAUGACAGACAUACAAAAACAAAACAACACACGAUUUUCCAAGAGGCAGUAAAUAAAUACGUUUCGUUCAUUCUUGCAACUCUGAGAGUGGCAAAAGAUUGUGUAUGUGUAGUUUUUGUUAAGGUGUUGCAAGUAAAUACGUAGUGUAGAGGCCAAAAGUCGAAAGCGCACUAAAAAUCCAAUGUCGCAUUCAGUAUUUCGGGAUUUGGAUAAUGUCGAAACUAGUGGCAAUGGUUCGCGAGCCGAAGUAGCCGACAACAAUCUCAUUGUUUUUAUCCAUAAGGAUGGUGGCGUGCAAGUUGAUCCGAAUGCGUUACAAGACCUUAUCGUGAAUGCCAACACUGACACCAAAUCAACUGUCAGCGUAAUAAGAGUUGGUUCGCCGACGCCAAGCAUGGAAACAGAUGAAGAAGAAAAUUCGACCAAACAAAGUGAUGGCGACGAUAACCAAAAUGAUAGCAACAAUCAAAGUGACGAUGAUGACGAUGACAGUAAAAAUAGUGCCGAAAGCAAUGAAGAGAGCGAUCCGGAUGGUGCAAGCACAGAAAAAGGUCAAAAAUUGAAAAAGAAGAAGAAGAAAAAAAACAAAAUACCCGGCUAUGGUUUGACAGUUGAAGAAUUCUACAAUCCAGAACAAGCGGUUCAAUUUGCUACCGAAAUCAUGAACAUUGCAGGAAUCACGAAUCCCAAACAGUUGAAAGCUGAUUACGAGCAUUUGCGAUACAUCAUUCAAAAUGAUCACUGUUACACGCCAUACACGUAUGCGGACUCGUUGAAUGAGGAUAAAUCGGAAGCUGUGGCCGAAGGCAUAAAACGUAACGAUGCAAAAUCGAAGCAAAAAUCAUCCACAACACCCGCGCCAAAUUCAACAACGAAGAAAGUCGGCCGGCCGUCAUUGAAAUCAAUACCAUCAAAUGGUUUGGAUCGGGAUGCAUCAAUUUCUAGUCGAAAUCGAAGCGUUGACGAUGCAAGUUCAAAUGAAAAUACGGCCGAUCAAAAUGAUUCGGAUGAAGAGGAAGCAGAAAGUGAAACUGAUUUCUCUGAUUUUACCGCCAGUGAUACCGACAAUGAUCGUGAUAGUGACUUGGAUUUCAGUGUGAACGACUGUCAUUCGAGGCGUGCGGCGAAAAAGAUAAAGAAACGGAAAAUCCAAGCGAAAAAAUUGGCAAGCAAAAAACGACGUCGCAGUACGAUUGAUUUCACAGGAUCUGAUGAUGGCGUAACGCCAAAAGGGAAAAAGGCAACCAAAUUACCAAAGAAAGCGCUGAACACAAGUGCAAAAUCUGCAUCUGCUGUCUCACCAGCCGUUUCGUCUACAUCGAAAUCAAUGCCGGCAGUCACCUCAACACCUCGUCUCACAAAAGUUGCAUACGUCAAAGAAUCACCACAAUCAACUUCACAUGACAAUUCAUCCAGAUCACCGGCCGUUCAAAAGGCAACCAGUACAACAACUCCACAGGCCAACCCAUCAUCAUCAUCAUCAUUAUCAUCAUUAUCAACAUCGUCAUUAUCAAUUGACAAUAAAACUAAGAAUAAUAACGUAAUGAAGCAAAAAGAAAAGAAAGUCCAAUCAGAUAAUAUUGUAAUUGAUAUGACAUCACUGUUCACUCCCGAUGUUAUCAAAAAGAAUCCCGUCGAAAAUGCGAGUGGUGCCCACAAAACUCCAAUUGUUGUCGUUAAUGCUAAUAAAAUUCCAAUAUCCACGCCAACAGUUAAGGUUGCAUCGGUGAGCAAACCGAUUUUUGUCCAUUCGAUCACACCACAAGCCACAACAUCGCGAAUCACAACAACAGGCACAAAAGUGAUUCGAAUGCCAACUGCUACACUCCGUAGAUUAGUAAAGCCGCCGACUGUCACCAAUUUGGCCUUCGAACAAGAUAAACAAUUGGAUUUGAUCGAUUCGCUGGUGCAAGAAGAGCUGAGCAAAUCCGAACCGGAUGCAACGUGCUCCUCCUCAUCAAGUGCAUCUUCGCAAACGGCCGUUUCCGCAGCCAUUCCGAAUAUUGUGAAAAUGCUGGAAACAUCCGAAGCAUCGCAAUCUAUUGAAUCCGCUGACUUGACACAGCCGAGCAGCACAUCAAACACGAUGUCAAUCACUUAUUCGACCACACAAUCGACGCACGACACACAAAUGUUACCCGACGAAUUGCUAGAUUCAUUUGUUGAUUCCGAAUAUUUAACCGAUGAUUUGAUGCAGCACGUGGCUAAACUGGUUGAAGAUAAGAAUCUCCAAGAAGUGAUCGAUCAACAAAUGCAAGAUGCCGAUUCCAUUUCAUCUUGUACUGCAACGCCACAGCCACCAAUACAAACGACUUCAGUUGUGCCAAAGCAAAAUAUCAUUCAUUCGCCCGCUUCUACGCCGACAAAGCUGCCCGAAGAACAAAUAGUAGCGACGAAUGCGGUGAAAACGCCUGCAACGCCACUCACAUUACCUACAAUCGCCAAUAGAAAAGGAAUCACAGUUAGGCGUGCAGAUGGUUCAUUGGUCACGUUGCCACCACCUGAAGCGCCGACGACACGUGGUGCAAAACGACGAGCUGAAAUAAUACCAGGCCAAGAGACACCUAAAAAAUCAGAGGUUGUAAGAGCUGCUGAACAGACUGAUUCAUUGUUGGAACAUCAACAGAAGAGUGUGCCAAACACACAAACAACAACCGAACUGGUUAAAAAUUCACCGAGCACUGCAAAGCAAGCAGCAAAACCAAUUGCAGCACGUGAACGAAGGGCUUCGGUUGCGGUAAAACGCGCCUCAACUGAUUCAAAGCCAAGACGUAGCAUGAGCAUAUCGAAUCCACCACAUAAUAACGCCCCCGGUGGUGGCGCCACCGCUGCUGAUGGUGGACUUGGUGACGAAGAUGACGAGGAAGAUGGUUCCGAUGGCAGCUACAAUUCCGAAGAUGACCCGCAUCGCCAAAAUGGCUCUGUCCUCUGGUGUAUAUGCCGAACGCCACAUAAUAAUCGCUUCAUGAUUUGCUGUGAUAAAUGUGAAGAAUGGUUCCAUGGCAAAUGCGUUGGUAUCACGAGGCAAAUGGGCCGUGAGAUGGAACAUCGGAAAUCGGAAUGGAUUUGUCCGAAUUGUCAGAAAAAACAACAGCCAUCGAUAAAGAGUAUUUUCCCACGAAAAGUUGUUGUGGAAAAUUCACCAAAAACGAAAGGAGCUGGCACUUCAUCGACCGUGGCUCAAUCAACGAUCGAUUCACCGGUACCGAAUUGUAUCGUUUGUGGCGUUAAACCGUCACGAGUGAAUUCGGUGUACUGUAGCGAUGAUUGUAUUCGAAAGCAUGCGACAAAAACGGUUUCUGCAUCGAGCGCAAGUGAAUCAGAAGCAUGUUCAUCGGCACCAUCAACACCGUUUAGGCUAAAAUCGCCGACCGAAAGCGAGAAAAAGGGCCCACCACAAAAAGUCAUCCAACAAAUGUUUAGGGACAAGACAAAUCAUGUGGUAGUCAUGGAAAAGACGACUGGUAAAAUUAUGGUGGGUAAAAGUACACCGACACCCGACAAAUUACAACAAUGGUUGGCCGAACAUCCAAAUUUUGAGGUAUUGAAACCGGGCAGUCCACAAGCGAUGGCAUUCAAAGCAAAACAACAGCAAUUUAAAACGCUUGCCAAAGAUAUGGGCGAAAAAGAACUGUUUGCAGUAUCACAGCCACUAAAAGUUCAAACCAAAUUACGUUUCGAAGCCGAUAAAAUGGUGUACGUGAAUCCAAUGACACAAAAACCAGUGACAACGACAGCAUUAAAGCGACCGCUUUCAGCCACGUCAUCACCAGUUAAUUCAAAGUCCCCGCAUGCCCACAAAUCGGAGCCCAUAUCAAAAGCACCCAAGUUGAGUUCAACGCCAGUGCAGAAGAGCUCAUCGCAAACGAAAAAACGAACAUCAACAACACCGGAAGUCAAAACAGCAAGUUCAAGCAAAUCCGAAUCGUUAAGUAGCAAAUCCAAUGAUCGUGACCAAUUGCGUGUGAAUGCAAGAAAGACACUGAUUGAACAGCUGAUUACACGUACAAAAGAAAUCACCGAUCCGAAUGCACCACGGUUGACUGAAGCUGAAAUUACAGAAUUUGUGAAUGCGGCCGAAUUGGAAAUGUUCGAAAUGUUCGGUGGCGAUACAAAUAUGAAGUACAAAUCGAAAUAUCGUUCGUUAAUGUACAAUGUAAAAGAUCGUAAGAAUUUGACAUUGUUUGAAAAGAUUUCCAGCAAAUCGAUUGAGCCAAAGCAGUUCGUACGAAUGUCAACGGAAGAGCUAGCCAGCCAGGAGCUGGCCAAGUGGCGUGAAAAUGAAAAUAAACAUCAAUUGGAAAUGAUCACGAAAUCCGAAUUGGAUAUGCUUGCAUGUGGUAAUAGUUACGUGUUGAAAACGCACAAGGGCGAGGAGGUAAUUCAGGAGAGUAGCGAACGAAUCACAUUGGACCCAUCGAUACCGGUGGAAGAUUUGGUCUCGGUAUUGAACAACACGACGGUUAGCAGUAGUGACACAUCGAUCACCACAAAAGACAGUCGAGUUGAUAAGUACUUAAGCUCCGAUGGCAGCAAGUCAUUGUUGAGCAGCUCAAGUAAAAAAGAUAGUGAGCGCAGCCACGAAAAGAAAGACCGUCACGAAAGUCGUUCAUCAAGCGGUUCAUCAUCAAAACAUAAGCGAAAGCGUAGUCGAGAACGGCACAGUAGCCAUGGCAGUCACAGUCAUAGUCACAAAGACAAAAACUACGACAAAGAUAGAAAGAAUCGUAGCAGCGGUUCGGACAGUCGAAAGGAUAAAAAAGAUCAUAAGUCCAGUGGAAGCAGCAGUUCAAGUAGCAGCAAUCGCAGUAAACAUCACAGCGAAAAAGAUCGAAAGAGAGAAUCGACUAGUAAAGCACACUCGAAUCCACCAAAAAUUGCAAAAACCGAUGAAAAUAGUAUAAUUGACAAGAUUCUGAAAGCACAAUCGACCAUCGAUAGUAUAUUGCAUCCGGAAGAAUUUAAGAAGUCAAGUGAAUCAACAGUUGUUGCGAGUGUGAGCGCGGCAUCGACCACGACUGAAGGUAGCAGCAGCAGUAGUGCAUCGACAACAACGUUGACACGCCAACCAUCGGCCGCAAAUGAAAGUGACCAAGAGCCAACGAGUACAGUCACAAUUCCUUCACCGCCAGAAGUGACGUCCGAAAUACGAUCAACAACAACACCACCACCACCACCACCACCACCACCACCACCACCACUACAACUAGUCGAACGACCACUUGCGCCGAUCGUUUGGUCAGGGGCAAUAAGUAUGGUCGAUGUCGCAACAUUCCAAGUGUCGUUAAGCCCACUCUCUGGUAACACAGCUAUGAUUGAAUUCCCGAAAGAAUUCGAUGUCGUUGGUCGUAUCAAUCCAGAUACCGUUUGGGAGUACCUAGACAAGAUUCGCAUCAGUAAAGAUAUAGUGUUGCUGAAAUUCUCGCCACGUUCCUCUUCUGAUGAUGAUGAAACGGCUUACUCAACAUUCAUAAAUUAUUUGGAUACACGUAAACGACUUGGUGUUAUCAAAAUUCCAUCGAAGAUGGUUAAAGACUUCUAUAUCAUGCCAUUGACUUCGCACAAAUCGUUGCCAUCGAUUUUGAAAUCAACGACUGGCUUCGAUUUAGGCGCUGACCGUCCGGAUUUGUUGCUUGGCAUUGUCGUACGCAACCGAAUACCACAAACGAGCCAUCUUCCAAAUCCUCCAAAGCAUCGUCAACCAUCGAUACCAUUCAUUGGACACAAAUCAGCGGUGACGAUUCCGGCAAAGGAUGCCCAUUACACACCGCCAUCCAGUCCAAAUAUGAAUAUCCAAGUCAUCAGUAAGCAAGUGAUCAAGGCAACAUUUUCAUCAAAUGACGACGAUGAACCAUAUUCGCCCGGCGGAAGCGAUGAGGAUGAUUUGACGCUCAACACGAUCCCAACAUCGUAUUUGUCGAGCACGAGCGCAAAUCCAGUUCCGGAUUACACAAAACCGAUGAGUGGAGGACCGGCGCUGUCAAGUUUCGAUAAACAGCAGCUGGAGGAGCUGAAUCGACAGAUUGAGGCCGAGAAGAAGGAGAUUGCCAUGCAUUUGCAAACAGUGGACAUUGAUGAGCCAUACUCACCGACCAGUUCAGUGUCGCCGCCAAUUGGCGGAACAAAUAUAUCAGACGUUGUGUCAAACAUUUCGAUACCAGCCAAUUUAGCUGAUAUCUUGAAAAAUGUCGCAUCAUUUGGAUCGGCAGCUCCGUCGCAACUAUCAAUGAAUCAAUACGGUGCCAAUUUGAUGGAUACUAGCGAUACUGAAUAUGUACCGGUUGCACCGGCCACCACAUCGAUUAGCUAUGCACCAACACCAUCCCAACCCGUUGCUGUCUCAUCACAACCCAGCAAAUUGGCACAAUUAACUGACGAAGAACUCUUACGUUUAGUUCCAGAUGAAAUUUAAUCGAUUCAAGUUCAUUUCUACAUUUGUUCAAACAAAUUCGCAUGCGAUGACAUCUUACUCUUAACGAUACAUUUGAAUGUAGACAACUAAAACAACUAAAACAACAACAACAACAACAAAAAACACAUAAACAAAAAUGAGUUUAUUCACGAUAUUACACACACACACACACGCACACACACAAAAUGUUUUCUCUGGGUCUAGAGGCCCCCUUUCAUUUUGUUCUAAGUUUUUGGACAGAUAACAAUUUCCAAUGCAAUGAUCCUAAAUUUAAGAGGAUAAUUUUAGUAGAAAAAAACAGACAAAAACAAAAUUAAAAAAAGCAUGAUAUCUAACUAGCACUAAAUAGUGAAUCUAUUAAAUGAUUGUGAUAUCGAAAUAAUAAAAAUUAAACAUGAAAA